AUGGACACAGACUCUGGUCAAGUCAGCCUGCUGGUGGGCGAGGACGAGUUCGAUGCGUCCCCCCUCAAAAACUUGGCUCUGGUCAAUCUGUUGAAGAAGACUGGAUACAGCUUGGUGCAGGAGAACGGACAGAGGAAGUACGGUGGACCCCCGCCAGGCUGGGAGGGGCCACGCCCGCCGCGGGGCUGCGAGCUGUUUGUGGGGAAGAUCCCCAGAGACAUGCAUGAGGACGAGCUGGUCCCUCUGUUCGAGACAGCCGGCAGGAUAUACGAGUUCAGACUGAUGCUGGAGUUCAGCGGCGAGAACCGCGGCUACGCCUUCAUCAAGUACAGCAACAGAGAAGCGGCUCAGAGAGCCAUCCGGAUGCUGGACAACUACGAGAUCCGUCCAGGGAGGUUCAUCGGAGUCUGUCUGAGUCUGAACAACUGCCGCCUCUUCAUCGGCUCCAUCCCCGAAGUCAUGAGCAAGCACGACAUCAUGAAGGUGAUGACGCAGGUGACAAACGGGGUGGUGGACGUGAUCGUGUUUUCCAGCUACGCCGACAGGAGCAGAAACCGAGGUUUCGCCUUUGUCGAGUAUGAAUCCCACAAAGCGGCGGCGUUGGCCAGGAGGAAUCUCAGAUCAGGAAACUUCCAGCUGUGGGGUCAACACAUCCAGGUGAACUGGGCCAAGCCGGAAGACACGGACGAGGAGGCGACGCGGCGGUUCAGAGUCCUUCACAUGAAACUGGGCGUCAGUAUGUCGGACUUUUAG